GACACCGUCAAGCAAGAGAGAGAGCCACCACAUGACACAGGAGCUUAUUGAUUCCAUAUCUCUCGUCAGUUUCUCAACCUUGUCAGUUUCUCCCUCUCUACCUCUGCAAAAAAAACCCUAACCCUAAUUCAACCGCAGUCACAAGGCAACCAAACCAGGAAAACCAGUUCAUUGCUUUUAACCCUUACCGCCACACUCAUGUCUGCUGGAUCAGGUUAUUUCUGAUGAGAUAUCAGUGUUCUGGGUGAUGUUUUGUGAUGCUCUGAGAGCAAGUAGAUCCUUUUAUUUGUCAAGGGAGGCCUUGCAUCUUCCAACUGUAAUAAUUGGUCGUGUUUGUCAUUCAGGAAUCUUCCGUACAAUGAGAGAAGUCAAGGUAAAAGGUGUUUCGGGGUUGUGUACUCUUGAUUCUGAUAAUGAAUCGCAAAUCCUACAAUCUGAAUCGGCUAGUGUCAGCCAGAGAUGUUCAUCUCCAAAUGUGCAGUCCACGCCUGAAAUAGAAAAGAAGUAUGUCCAUCAUGUUUAUGAUGCUAUCGCACCCCAUUUCAGUUCCACCCGGUUUGCUAAGUGGCCAAAAGUAGCCAAUUUUUUAUCUUCCUUACCUGCAGGAACUCUUGUGCUCGAUGCAGGAUGUGGAAAUGGGAAGUACUUGGGAUUUAAUCCCAAUUGUUUUUCCAUAGGGUGUGACAUAAGUGCUCCUCUUAUCAAAAUUUGUGCAGAUAGAGGGCAUGAAGUUUUGGUUGCAGAUGCUCUAGUUCUACCCUAUAGAACUGGUUUUGGUGAUGCAGCUAUCUCUAUAGCUGUAUUACAUCAUCUGAGUACAGAGAGCAGGAGGAAAAAAGCAAUCGAAGAGUUAGUCCGAGUUGUGAAAAAGGGUGGUCUAGUUCUAAUAACAGUUUGGGCUGUGGAACAAGAAGAUAAAGCAUUAGUUUCUAAAUGGACCCCACUCACCGAAAAGUAUGGAGAAGAGUGGAUAGGACCUGGUAGUCCUCGUGUGCGUAGUCCGUCGUCCCGCACAUUGGAAAGCAUUCCAGAAACAGAGGAUAGAAUUUUGGGAGAGAGUGUGAAACAUUCCAACCAGAGUUCUGUGCAGACUUUGCAACAAAUGCGCUCUCAAAAUGAAGGUAAAACAAGGGCUUCAGAUGAUAUAAAGAAUACAAAUAAUCAACAAGAAUAUUUCGUCCCCUGGCACUUGCCAUAUCAUCGUGCUGAAAUAAAUGGUGCUUCGGCUUGUGCUGUUGCAAAUGGCCUUGCAAAGAAAGAUGAUAAGAAGGGUGCUGUAGUGUACAACAGAUAUUACCAUGUUUUUAGUGAAGGCGAGCUUGAAAGGCUGGUAUCUGGUAUGGAUGAUGCUGUAAUUGUUGAUCGAUUUUUUGACAAAUCCAACUGGUGUAUUGUCCUUGAGAAAACAUUAUGAAAAUGCAAAAUAUAUGAUCCGGUGGCUUUAAGUUAACCAUAAGCGUGCAGCAUGGAACAGCAAGGUAAGGCAGUGAGCAGACUACGUUUAUUUUUCAACUUGUUUCCAAUGUGCUAUGAAACUGGUUUGUAAUGAGGAAUUGUUUUUGAAUUAGACAAGCUUUUAUUAGAGGUGGUCGACUGCUCUUUUGGUGGAUCUAGUUCUGUGCGCAUGGAAGUAUGCAUUACUUUGAUUUAUUGCUUGUUUGGUGUGUCAUUAAAUACUUUCUGUAAGCCUCAUUAUAUACAAUGUCAUUGGUGCCUUCUCUGCUCCUAUAUGACAAGACUUAAUAAUAGUUCCCCAGUGAUCAGUUUUUAAUUUGCA